AUGUCUAAGUUAUACAAGGCAGUAGUAAACACGGCCGACAAAUUUGUGCCAUCACAAUUACGACCUCUUUGGGAACAUGCAGCAGGACCGAAAACUAUUUUCUUCUGGGCUCCAGCCUUUAAAUGGGCUCUUGUUUUAACUUCAAUAGAUGAGUUCAGGCGUCCCCUUGAAAAGGUAUCACCCACUCAAUCUGCUACGCUGGCUGCGACGGGUCUUAUAUGGACAAGAUACUGUCUUGUCAUCAAGCCCAUAAACUACGCCUUAUCUUUGUGUAACUUCUCACUGGGCGUCGCAAAUGGCGUCCAAUUUCUAAGGGCUUAUAGAUAUCACAGCCUUAAAGGGGGUGUUGGUAAAAAAAAAGUAAUAUUUAAAUAUUAA